UUUGAUGUCAAAAUGUCACCAAGUUUGGUAUUUUAUUCACAAACAAAAUCCAUUUUGGAGACUGUUAUUCACAGUUCACUGGAUUUAGGCGGACAUACAAACGAAGACAAUUCCACGGAGCAAUCAAGUUUGACAGUGAAGCCAGGAUUGGACAAAGUGGUGGACAUGUUGGCUCAGGAGGCCAGCAGAAAGAUCAACGCUAUUUUCCAGCAGCUGUUUGCGGCUGAGAGCAGGGAGAAGCUGGCCCUGAAAGACAAAGUGUGCCAGCUGGAGCGUGAGCUGAAGACUGCGACGGAUAACUUUGACAACGCCCGAACGUGGAGAGAAAAUGUGAUGAAUGGAUGCCCCGUGCUGAAUGAGCAGACUGGAUGGAUCUUCACCUUGAAGCCCCUUGGGACGCUGGUCAAAUCAGCUGAUGAGUUAGCCAAGGAAGAGUCGGCGGCUGCUGACGGAAACGGCAGACAUGAUGAAGUUCACAGUUCAGACAGUCAAGAAAAGACUAAGGAAGUGAACUGCUGCGCUGAGUCAUCAUCAGCCAGCAGACAAGAAGAGGACAUUAUCACGACUCCGCCCACAGAGUCCCAGGAGCUUCUCUGUGCUGCAGUCCAGAAGGUCUUUGAAUGUGAUGUGUGCAAGAAGAGCUUCAGCCGCCAGCUUCACCUGAGGAAGCACGCCGAGACGCACAUGGAGCCUCUGACCUGCCAACAGUGCCCGAGAACAUUCCGCAAUGCCUCCACGCUGGAGCGGCACCUGCUGCAGCACGAGGAAAAGAAGCUGCAGACCUUCGCAUGCAACCUGUGCGAGAAGACGUUCAAGAGCAAGGUGCUCCUCAAAUCUCAUGAACUCGUCCACGGAGACGCUCGACCUUUUGCGUGCGCCACGUGCGGCAAGGCCUUCAAGAGCCGCCAGUGCCUGAAGGCCCACCGCGCCGUGCACAGCGCCGACAAGCCACACAAGUGCGAGGAGUGCGGCGAGAGUUUCCGCUACGCCGUGGCGCUGCGCUGUCAUCGGAGCGUCCACACAGGCGAGUACCCUCACAAGUGUGGCGUGUGCGCCAAGGCCUUCACCAAGAAGCGAUCGCUGCGCACGCACAUGGCAGUGCACAGAGGCAAAAUGUUUAUGUGUGAGACUUGCGGCGCCGGCUUCACGCUGCGGCAGAACCUCAAACGCCACAUGCGCAUUCACACGGGUGAGCGGCCGUUCACGUGUCACGUGUGCGGAGUGAGCUUUGUCCAGGACAAACUGAAAGCUCACAUGCUGCUCCACGGAGCCUCCAAGUCCUUCAUGUGCGACCUCUGCGGGAAGACCUUCCUCUACAACUGCCAGCUGCAGAAGCACCAGAAACUAGUCCACCGGGAGGGCGACCUGGCGGGCGAAGGCACGCGAAGGCGAGCUGGGACGCGAGCGAACCGCAGAGUCAUCUUCAGACGGGACAGAACAACUGUGGAGGUGACGCCGUUCACCUGCCAGACUUGCCAGCGAGGCUUCCACUCGGCGGACUCCCUCAAGAAACACGAGCAAGUCCACACGGGCGGCACACCGUACAGCUGCCAUGUGUGCGGCAAGUCCUUCCUCUACAAAGCCACCUUCGACUACCACCUGAGGACGCACUCGGGGGAGCGGCCCUACGCCUGCGACGUAUGCGGGAAGACCUUCAUCAUCCAGCACGCCCUCAAGUCGCACAAACUGCAGCACACGGGCGAGAAGCCUCACAGGUGCGAGCAGUGCGGUAAGGCCUUUCGGGUCUACACCAACUACCGCCGACACCUGAGGAUCCACACGGGCGAGAAGCCGUACGAGUGCGAGGUCUGCGGCGUGCGCUUCCGGCAGCUUGGACACGUGAAGUUCCACAUGCAGGUGCACACGGGGGAGCGGCCGUAUGCCUGCGACCAUUGUGGGCUCGGCUUCUCAGACUCCAGGCAGCUCAAGAGACACGCGUGUGCGGUGAACGCGCUGGUGACCUCAUACACAUGACAUGUGACUCAAUCCCAGCCCCGCAAAUAGAAUUGUAUGUAUGAUGAUAACACUGACAUGCCAAUAAAACAUGAUAU